CAACUUGUAAUAAAAUAUAGAAUAUACAUAAAAAUCGCUAUUAUCUCAUUUACAUUCUGAUCCCUAUAACAAAAAGAACUCAUUCCUCGAUUUCAACGAUCAUGGAAUAUCUCUUCAUUACCAUCCUGUUACUUCUCGCUUCAUUUCUGUUCGCCUCUCACUUCCGCCGGAAAUUCUCCAACCUUCCGCCAACUCUCUUUCCAACCCUCCCUCUGAUCGGCCACCUCCACCUUUUGAAGAAACCUCUCUACAGGACCUUCGCCGCAAUCUCCGCUAAACAUGGGCCCAUCCUCCUUCUCCGCUUUGGAUUCCGCCGGGUCCUGGUUGUCUCCUCCCGUUCAGCCUCCGAAGAAUGUUUCACAAAGAACGACAUCAUCUUCGCCAACCGCCCUCGUCUCCUUGCCGGAAAGAUUCUUGGCUCCAACUACACCAGCAUCGGCUGGUCAUCUUACGGCGACCACUGGCGCAACCUUCGCCGGAUCUCCACCAUCGAGAUCUUCUCCUCACACCGCCUAAACGACCUCCGUGACAUACGCGCCGACGAAGGAAGACUCAUGAUUCGUAGGUUGAUGUCCGAAUGUUCUUCACCUGUGAACUUUAAGUCAGUAUUCCACGAGAUGAAGCUUAACCUGAUGAUGAGGAUGAUAUCCGGGAAGAGGUAUUUCGGCGGAUCCGGUGAACUGGAGGAGGAAGGGAAACAGUUCCAGGAGAUGGUUAAGGAGACGGCUAUGGUGGCGGAUACUUCAAAUUUAGGGGAUCAUUUACCCAUCAUGAGAUGGUUCGGAAUGAAAGGGUUGGAAAAGAAGAUGAUUAAGUUGCAGAAAAAGAGGGACGCAUUCUUUCAAGAGUUGAUCGAACAACAGCGGAAACUGGAAGGGAUUGAACUCGAAAACAAGAAGAACAACACAAUGAUUGAAGUUCUAUUACAGCUACAAAAAACUGAUCCGGAGUACUACACUGAUGAAAUUAUUACAAGCUUUUGCCUGAACCUGCUAACCGCUGGAACUGAUACUUCUGCCUCGACUUCGGAAUGGGCUCUUUCACUUUUGCUCAACCAUCCACAUGUUAUAAAGAAGGCACAGAAGGAAAUCGACAAUCACGUUGGGAAGAAUCGUCUUGUUAACGAAUCAGACAUGAGUAGCUUACCUUAUAUUCGUUGUAUUGUGAACGAGACUUUGCGAAUGUAUCCAACAGUCCCACUCCUAGUACCUCACGAAUCAUCGGAAGAUUGUGUGGUCGGAGGUUUUCACAUCCCACGUGGGACCAUGUUACUUAUCAACCAAUGGGCAAUACAUCGUGAUCCUGACCUCUGGAGUGACCCUGAAAGGUUUCAACCGGAAAGGUUCGAAAGUGUAGAGAGCACAAAAGAUGGGUUUAGGUUCAUGCCAUUUGGGUCUGGAAGGAGAAGUUGUCCUGGGGAAGGUUUGGCUAUGCGUAUGGUUUGCUUGACGAUGGGUUUGCUUAUGCAGUGCUUUGACUGGGAAAGGAUAGGGGAAGAGAUGGUUGAUAUGAAAGAAGGUCUUGGUCUCACCAUGCCUAAGGCUCAAGCUUUGAGCAAACGAGAAGGAAAACGAAAUGAUCAACAUCUCACCAUCCCUGCCGUCUUCUUCUUUGUCCGUCUACGGAAACCUACAGACAAGGUCGUCAUCAUCUUGGUCGUAACCAUCAUCAUCUUCAUCGAUUAUAAUCACCACAUCUUUGUCAAUCGGUCAGAAGUGUUCAUCGCCUCCUACAUCACCCCUCUUAUUGUCUCUAUUACAGAAGAGGAAAAGAAAUCUACUUGAAACGAUGGUAGCUAAGAAAGGUGUAAAAGCAUCAAAAUAUGAUUUGACACAUAUCCCCGUACAAGCCAUUCUUCUAGUUGACUGCUUCACCAUAAAGUUUGAACCUGCAAUUUUCCUUGUUCUUGAAUUGGAGGGAAGGAUAUGAAAACUGCCAAUUUUACUAUUUUGCUAUAUUAAAAUGUGUGAUAAUUGUUCGUGAUGUAGGUUGAACUUUAUAUAGACUUCUUAAUCUCUCUUGGUAGUUCCUAGUCCAGCAUCGACUUCUUUGAGUCAUUGAGGUUUAGUUUUCCUUUCAUAUGUGGCUAUUAUUUUACAUCAACAACAAACAAUGAUGAAAAGAAAAAGAACAUAACAAGAACAUAAGCAUGAAGGUGGGCAUAAUCAAGGCUUGAUUUCAGGAAAGGAAACAACAUUUCAUAGUUCAAUACAUAUCGAUUGAAGGCAAACGGGCAAUAAGCUGCGCCGCUAGCCCUUUCUGGAUAGCAAAACCAAUUCUUUUGAAAACAGAUUUGUGGAUCUAGGAGAUAUGACAUUAGAAUGCAUGAGCCUUUAGACUCUAUUGAGGAGCUCCACUACCUCUGGUGCAAGAAAACCAAAUGUAUCGAAUGCAAAAUGGGCAAACACAUGUUGAUUUGCUAUACAUGCAUUCUCGUGUUUUACCACUUUGCACACAGCGGCUUUCAAUGCGGCAUACCCAGCUGUCAAACCCCCGCUCCCCAAACCAACGAGAGGAGAGACCUCAGUAAGAUCCACGCACGCAUGCUUCCCUCCUAUCCAUCCAAAGACCAAAAUGUCAGCCGGUCUAAGUGUGGACCUUCCAUCUUGCGAGUCCGUCAAAAAGUUCACUGGCGUUUCUUUCUUCACAGAAAUACUAGCACGCCGAAAAGCAUCAAAGAGAACAUUCUGAACCACAUCAUGUCUAUACUUGAAACCAGGGAGCUCUCUAUAAUGAACCGCGUGUUCCCCAAA